UUAUAUAUGAUCUGAUUGUCUUCUUAUUCAAUGCCUCUCUUGAAGUUUCUUCUUCCUUUUUUGGUUGGAUAAAAUAAAGGGCCCAUAAUAAAGGCCCAAUUUCUCUUGCCCAUGUAAAGGCUCUCUCACACUAGACAAGGCUGAUACCAGUUCUUUACUUUGUACUAAUUACUGCCUUAAUGUUGUUGAUUCAACAUGCAUAUACACGAGUUAUAAUAUGAGUAGACGAAAUCGUUUAUUUUUCCUAAUUCAAUUUUGUGCAUCAACAUUUGUUUGUUAUAUCUUUUUCAGCAUUAUAGAACGUAUACCAAGAGAAUCGUCACUACGAAGUCGGGCAAUUGAGGAAUCUGCCACUGUAAAUGAAGGUCAUAGAUCAAGUAGAGAAUGGCCAAAAAUAGUAAAGAGUAUUUUUUAUCGAGGUCGGUCAUUUCUUCCAAAGUGGAAGAGGGCAUUUUUAGCAUCAUGUGUAUUUGGGGUCUUAAUAGAUCCGUUAUUCUUUUAUAUUCCUAUUGUCAACAAGGAUAAGAAGUGCAUCGGGUUGGACAAAAAUUUGAAGGGAGCAGUUAUUUCACUACGAUCGACAAUGGAUAUAUUUUAUGUAGUGAACAUUGUUAUUCAAAUUUAUAUCGAACCUAAAGUUCCAACAGUUAGGGUCAUGGGGAGAUCAUAUAUUCAUACCAUAGUUUUGACAAAAGGAACCAUAUUAGUUAAAGAUGCUUUGGCAAUGGCUAACAGGAUUUGGAGGAUCUCAUCACAUAUCUUAAUUGACAUUUUAGCUGUUCUUCCCAUUCCACAGGCAGUGAUCCACUUCUUCAUGGACUCUAGUUCUUUGAAUACGAGGAGGUUUUUGGCUUUUCUUGCUCUAUUGCAAUAUGUACCACGAGUUCUUCGCAUCUACUUAUUGUGUACAAAAUUCAACAAGACUCCUACUAGAGAGACUGAAAUAUGGAUUUUAUUUAAAGGCGCAUUCAGUUUCUUUUUGUACAUCCUUGCUAGUCAUAUAUUUGGAGCUUUCUGGUACUUUUUAGCUAUCCAGCGGGAGACGGCUUGCUGGCAAAAUGCUUACCGAAAUAACAAUGGAUGUGAAGCUACUACCUUCUACUGCAAUGGUCGUACAAUAAGAGACAUCACAUUUCUGGACGACUUAUGCUCUAUAAAUCCACACAAUACUAAUGCAACACCCUUCUAUUUUGGUAUGUUUGAUAAGGCUGUUCAGUCUGGUGUGUUGGAGUCAACAAAUUUACCGAAAAAAUUCUUUCAUUGUUUCUGGUGGGGCUUGCGAAAUCUAAGUUCUCUUGGGCAAAACCUCGAGACGAGUAACUAUACAUGGGAAAAUAUCUUUGCCAUUUUUAUUUCUCUAAGUGGCUUGCUCCUGGUUCUACUAUCCCUCACUACAAAUUUGAAGAUAUGUAUGGAGUUGGUAACUAGAACAUCAGCGAAGAUGAGAGUUAUAAGGCAGCUGAAAAUGAAAGAUCUAGAGGUACAAUUCUGGUUAUCUGAAAAUGACAUCCCUAAGAAUAUGAAGGCGACCAUCAUGCAAAAGGUGCACAAACAACUUGAACAAAACAAAGAUGUUCGUGUGGAGAAUAUCCUCUAUAUUCUUCCCUUGGAACAAAAGAGAUUUAUCAAGCGACAUCUCUGCUGGCCUACAAUGAAGAAAGUUCCAAUGCUUCGAGAUAUGGACGAUCAAGUGUUGAAAGAAAUCUUUGACAAUCUCAAGCCAGUGAGCUAUACAGAAGACAAAUGUAUAAUUGGAGAGGGUGAACCACUUGUUAAAAUGCUCAUCAUCACUCGAGGCAUUAUGUUGACCUACACAACUAACAAUGGUGCUAGAAGAAGUAGUGGAGGUUCUUCAACCACCAAGUGUCUUGCCAAAGGUGAUUUCUAUGGAGAAGAACUUCUAACCUGGGCAUCAACAUUCUCCCCGCUUUCAGACUUACCCAUCUCCACAACAUUUGUCAAGUCCCUCACAAAAGUUGAAGCAUUUGCGCUCAUGGCCAAUGACUUGAAGACUAUAGCGUCUAAAUUCUGGAGGCAUUUUAGAACGGAUGCUCGGAUGCCGGUACAUCUCUCUGCAAAUCUUAUACAAACCAAUUGGCGCCGCUGCUAUACAAGGAGGGNCCGGUGGUAUAGCUUGAAAGAGCUGGAGAUUGCGACGCGUGGAUUUUCUCCAGAGAACGUGAUUGAAGGAGGAUACGACGUCGUUUUCAGAGGAAUUUUGCAGGACGGCCAUGUCGUGGCGGUCAAGAACCUUCUCAACGACGGGGGUCAGGCAGAGAUACUGUUUAAGGCGGAAGUGGAAGCCAUUGGUAAAGUAAAGCAUAAGAACUUGGUGGGUCUAAUUGGCUAUUGUGCUGAAGGCCCUCAAAGGAUGCUUGUAUAUGAAUACAUUGACAAUGGCAAUUUGGAGCAAUGGUUGCACGGUGAUGUUGGGCCUGUCAGCCCUCUGACCUGGGAUAUUCGAAUGAAAAUAGCUGUCGGUACAGCAAAAGGGUGAGAUAAUUCUGUAUUCUUCUUGUUCAUUUUCCUUGUAUUUAACGAUUAUAUGUCUCAGUAUGACAGGAUCUGUAACAUAUUGCACUGCUUUUGUCAUUCUCACGAUCUCCCUACUUUGGCUAUGAAAAUAUAUUAUCCUUCAUCACUAUAAACCUAUUCUUGUUUU